CUAAGACACAAGUAACAACAAUCAAGCAGAAAAUCAAAAUGAUUAUCAUUUAAUUCUCAAUGGAAAUAUUAUUUUAUCCAUGAGUUGCAAGCAAAUUUUUCAAAUUUUAAUUUUUUUUUCGAAAAAUAUCCUGAAUUCUAAUUGAUUUUUUUCCAAAAGUCUUUUUACAAUUAAAAUGCGAAUAUGCUUAGGCAAACAUCCAUUUGUGGGUUUAAUGCAAGUAAUAAACAUUUGUCAAUUAAAUUAAGGAAAAUGAAACAUUGUCCACGAAAAUGUUCAACAACAUACCAAAAUAUACAUUAUUUUCCCUUUACCUAACCGUUUCACUUUUGCCAAAGUGCAUUGUAAUCUACUUCGAGGACAGAAUCUUUAAAAGACAGAAAAGGAAAAUUAACAACCUUCGCCAACUUCAGUUGUGUUCUGAUCGCGAAAGUAUCAACAAGAUAGUGGAUAUUUCAGUGAGCAUUGUGAAGAUGCAUUAUAACAUGAUUAUUGGUGCUAGCGCUGUGUUGCUGCUAUUAGGCAUGCCUUGUGCCAACGGACUCCCAUUGUGGGAUUAUUUAACCGGAAUAAACACUAGCGAAGAUAGUUCGGCAACGACAGGGCUGAUCGAACCCCGGGAGGAUAAUGCAAAAUCUUUGGUACGGUACGACACUAUGGUUCCCGUUCUACAGGUCAUACUGACACCUAUCGGCCGGAUGGUGUGGCCCCGCGUUGAGCAAUGGUUCUCUGGACUGUUCGGGGCGUAUCUGGAUAGUGCAAAUAGAGCCAUCGACACACUCUCGCAGUACGCAACGGAAAAUAUAUCCUUCCAGACAGGCGAUGUGUAUUACACUAAGAAUGAUAUGAUUGAUGGACACGGACACCAGUCUUUGAUUAUUACUCUACCAUCAGGAAGAACCAUAACUGUGCUGACUUUCAAAUCCAAAAGUAAAUUCAAUAUAUUGGAUGAGUUUCCACAGCUAUCCGAGGCACAAAACGAGGUUAGAGAGUUGAACUGAAGCAUAUGGCAAAAGAUGCGCAUAGAUAGUAUCAAACAGUAAAAGCUAUUUAUUUCUAUAGUAACCACAUAAUAUUUAUUCACUAAUUUAAAAAUAAAAUGAUAUGAUUUUGAGCUA